AUGUGGGACCCGCUGUGUCCGAUCGUGCGGAAAGCCGCGCAGCGAUUGACCGAGGAAGAUGAGAACCCACCUAGAGCGACAAUGGCGCACGUGGAGCAGGCCAGAUGGUUCCUCAGAGUAGCGCGAGCGCAGACGGGGACGGCGAUCAGCAAAGUAGCACAGGCGGCGCCCGACUCCAAGGAUACGCUGAAGACGCUGAGGAUAGCGCAUGUCGCUGCGCUGAAGGGCUCACGCUAUAGGAUGCUGGAUGAGGACGGGUACGAUGCAAUAGCCCCUGCCGUCGGGGGGGUGUUACCGGCGCUGGUAGAUGAUCUCUCGGAGAAGAGUCGGAGGGACCUUGGCGCCGGGGUCACGAGGAACUUGCAAGUCGUGGCCGAGGCGGCGACGGGAGCGGUGCAGAGGUGGAACCAGCUCAAUGAUGAGGCUACGGCGCGCAUAAUGAAGAGAGAGGAACACAUCGAGUGGCUGAGGAAGCUCUUCGCUGGGUGGAAGGAGGCCCGCCCGGCCUUGAGGGAGUCGCGGAGGAGGAGGGAUAACGCAGGCAACGCAGGGACGGGCCAACAGCCAGUGGGACGAACGAGGGCCGCGACGGCGGCUCAAGCGGGAGGGAGCGGCGACAGUGGGCAGCGAGCGAAGUGGGUGAGACUGAUGAUGCUCCUUCGACUUAAAGAGCGGUUCAGCUGCUGGGCGGGCUUCAGGGUGGUGCUCACGCGAAAAGGAAUCGACGCGAUGUACAAAGCAUACAAGAAGAGAGAACACAACCCCCUCUCUCUUUUCUCCCAGUAA